AUGGCGCAGUGGGUUCCGAAAACUGCGUGGAAGGUGUCAAACCUCAACAAGCGGUAUGGCGCGCCGUACGUAGCGAAAGGGUACGCGUCACUAGACCCGAGAUGUAGUCUGGAUGCCUACUCGUCGUUACAGCAGACAGUGACUUCAGCGGAUGUGAAGAAAGUACUGCUCUCUAUCGACUGUACCUCCCCUGGUGCCGUCGUGAUUGACGUGCGCAGCGAACCAGAGAGGCGACUGCGGCCACUUAUGUCCCCUGCGAUAGUAGCGCUACAUCCGCACGACAUCUUGUCGGGUGCGGCGUGUCCUAUUCUGCCAUCGAACAAGGAAAGGGCAGAGAUGUUUGUAGUGGCCUCGGAGGCCCAGCGUGCGGUGAACGCUUGCACUGCACUGAGACGGUGGGGUUUCUCGCGCGUGACCGCGGUCAGCGUCGACGCUGUGUCGGAGGCGAUUGCAAUGGUGCAGAAGCCGGCGGGCACAGCUACGAGCAGCUCCACAAAAAGCUGA